CACCUCUUAUUGAACCGCGGAGAAAAACCAGAACGUUUUUAGACCUGUUUAAUGCGCAGCUUUAGAGCUCACUUACUUGUUUGUGUCGUAUCCGAGUGUUUGGAGUAUUUUAAAGCAAUAGUUUGGACGAACUUCACUCAAUAAUAUGUUUGAAAUCUGCACAGCAACAGUCGCCAUGAUGACGCUCGUGAAGCGCCUUAGUAACUGGCGCGCGCCGUUUCUGUCCAAUAGCAGCGCGCUGCGCUUCACCCCGCGCGCACACCGAGCCUCAAACUGGAAGCAGUGCUGUUUUUACACCAAUUCUUUCAGCAUUUUUUUUUAUAGUUUUAACCCACGGUUCCAUGCAUAUAUCAUUUCGGGCUAGCAGUAAACAGAAGACAAGGUAAACGGACAAGAAAAAAGGUACAGUAGGUUGAUGCUGUGUGAUUGUGAUGAUGUGUCUGGUCUUAAGAGUUUCAUCUAUUUCCAGGUUGUGCCUUUGUUCCAGGGCUGAUCUUUGCUUCUUUAUAGCAGCAUUUUGGUCAGAGAUUUGGAAUAACUUAAGACAACUUUUUUGCACCAAUGUUUAGGUGAUGAUGCAGGAGGCAAAAUGCAGCUGUGGGAUGUUGUGAAGUCUUUACUUUGAUGUCAGACGAGGCGGCUUCUUCAAACGAUCGAGAAAGUCGAUUUGGAAAAAAAAACAAAAAAAAACACUGAUUUGCUAAGAAGCUUUCUCUUUUGAAUUGUAGUCGAGCUGCUGUCGUGUUUGAAGAUUACUAUCUAGAUGUCGCAUCUGUAAAUACCCUAAGGCUGGGCUGCAGAUGCACUUCUUUGCCCUUUACCCAAUGCACAGUCACAGACCUUUACAGACCAAAACAUCUUUUUAUGAGCUAUAUACUUUUAACAGCUGUAUUUCUUGCUGUUUGCUGUAAAUACCGAUAACUAUGGGAACAUGACAGUAUGCAUUUUGCAGGUAUGGAGUGAGAGUGCACACAACUAUCCAGUGUUCCUGUCCUAAAAGUUGCAGGCAGGGACAUGGCACAAAUAUAUGCACCGACUUUUGUGUGUGUGUGUAUAUAUUUAUAUAUAUAUUUAGUGUAUCGGUAUCCAAGUACUGAAUUAAAACGCGCGCGCAAUCAGAAUCUCUUGCGCGCGCAUUUCUUCUCUCUUGCUGUGUGUGUGUGUGUGUGUGUGUGUGUGUGUGUGUGUGUGUGUGUGUGUGUGUGUGUGUGUGAGCUGAGUCAUCAUCUCUGGAACGAGGACAUGUCAUUUUCCCCUCUGCAACCAUUAUUAAUUUUCUUGACACAAAAAAGCAUCUCAUCACAUAAAAAGCUUUACAAUCAGCUCAGAAUUAAAAUCACGGGAUUCUCAAAAAAACAAUCUGGAUACUGAACUAUACUUUUCCUGGUCGCUAAGGUGGUUCCUUAUAUUUUAUAUCAUUAAUAUAGCUUUCACAUGGAAGAUUUUUUUGCAGCGGUUGCAGUAAACAUUGAAAGCUAAAGCUGGUAUCUUUCUAGGUAAAUGAUGUGUAAAGGAGGAUGCUACUUAAUCAAAAACAAGAAAAUCCAGUAAUUCAGUACUUUUAUUUCUGAGAGUGCAUGAGGUUAUAAGACAUACACACAGCAAUAUCUUUGGAUAUUAUUAGAAUAAGCACUAAGUCUUAACAGUUUCCAUCCUGGACACGACAAAGUUGUACACACAUUCCUGAGUAUUGUCCUGUCACUUAAACAGGUCUGAGUCUAAUCAAUGUGACAGCAUUUAAAAAGGAUGCAUUAAUCCAUUGACUAAUCCAAUAAUGUUUGAUUUGUACAGUUUUACAGAGUAAAAAACUGCACCUUUACUUGUUUUUGGUGCAAUGCACUUAUUCUUUGUAUCUCUAAGGUAUGUUAAAUCUAUACAAAAGUUUAUCUGGACAAUAUUUCAGCAAAAUGAACUUUGCAAUGUAAAACAUCAAUACGUAGACUACCUGCACCUUCUAGGUAAAAGAUCCAUAGUAAAUGUACUAUAUGUAGUGGGAGAGUGUACCUAAAAAUCAGGGUAAUUAAUGAUCGCAAUAACUCGAUCCUCAUUCGUCACUGCUGUUGAUACGGUGUUUAUCCUGUCCGUACUGUUGCUAGGUAAUGGAUAAACAAUACGACACUUACCCAGUAUAUUAGCUUAUGGCAGGCUGGUAGUGCUCAAAAAUCAAAUGCUCUGUAAAAAUGAAAGGCCAGGAUUUUAUUACAUUUAACGUUGGAGGUCAAAUUUUCAUCACAAAGGUGUCAACGAUUAGAAGACAUCCACAGUCAAGAUUUGCACACAUGCUAGAUGAAACAGAUCCCGAGUUUAAAGUUGUAAAUAGCCAAGUGUUCAUUGACAGAGACUGGGGGCUGUUUCGAUUUAUAAUGGAGUAUCUGCGGACCGGCCGGAUCACUUUAUCAGGUGAAUUUGAGACUGAUGGACUGUUGCGUGAAGCUGAAUUUUACAACAUCAGCGCUCUUUCUGAUUUUCUGCGCAGCAACAACUGCUAUGCAAAGAGCGAAAUCCUUGAGCUUCGCUUUGUCAUUCAAGAUGCUCAAAGUUUUUUUAAGGUGUUCAGUUCCAAGAGCACAACUCUUGAUGCGCUGGCUUCAAGAAUAUCGGUGUUCAUUGAACAACCCAAAAAUCUCACUCAGAAUUUGAUGGAACCUCUUCCAGUGCGUCGACCCUCGCACCAUGACCUCGUUUUUCAGUGCGGUGCUGAUUGUUCUGAUGGAAAACAGUUGUCUGCAAGAUAUGUCACCAUCGAACCAGAUGAACGAAAACUACUCAAUGCCACAAAUGUUCUUGGCCUGCUGGUGGACACGAUUCUGAGGGAUGGCUUUCACCUGAUCAGCACACGCACAGUUUCUCCGGAAGAGAAAAUUGAGUGUUACACUUUUGAGAGAAGGGAGACUCAAAAUAUUCUUAUCAACGACCUCUGUAAAGCAGAUGGAUCGCAUGUAUCAAAACAAACAGAGAAAAGUACAAAAAAUGGCAAAUCACAGAAGUGAUUAAACCAAAAUUUCACAUGCAUGUGGAAAAAUCCCCAAUUAAAAAAAACAAAAACAAAUAAUAAUAAAUAAAUAAAUAAAUAAAUAAAUAA